GCUGGUGCAUGGCGGAUACAGUGCUGUUCGAGUUUCUGCACACUGAGAUGGUGGCAGAACUGUGGGCUCCGGACCCCGACCCAGGCCCGGGGGGACAGAAGACAAGUCUGACUGUCCUGGAGAGCAUGGGCUUCCGUGUGGGCCAGACCCUAGGUGAGAGGCUGCCCCAGGAGACACUGGGCUUCAGGGAGGAGCUGGAUGUGCUCAGGUUCCUGUGCAAGGACCUGUGGGUGGCCGUGUUCCACAAGCAGAUGGACAGCCUCCGGACCAAUCACCAGGGGACCUAUGUCCUGCAGGACAACAGCUUCCGCCUCCUCAUCCCUAUGGCCUCGGGCCUGCAGUAUGUGGAAGAAGCACCCAAGUUCCUGGCCUUCACCUGCGGCCUUCUGUGUGGCACCCUCCAUACCCUGGGCUUCCAGAGCUUGGUCACCGCCUUUGUGACAGCCCUCCCUGCCUGUAAGUUCCAGGUGGUGAUCCAGAAACCCUGAGGACCUGGAGCACACCCUUGAAGCAGCCCAGCCCCCCUCCCCCCAAGAAGUGACUAUCACCUUGCCCAGGAUCCCAGGCUGUCACUUUUGGGUUGGUUGGUCUUAGAACUGGCACUUCCAGGGAUCCUGGGCUCUAGGGUUACCCCUUCCCAAGAAGAGGGUAUCCCAGGGAGGUGGGGGGCACAGGGCCAGAUGGUCCCACAGUGGUGGCUAGAAUGGAAUGAUGUGGGUCGUGACACUCCAGGU